AUGGCGAUACCCAGCUUCCCCCGCCAGCCUCCCGCCUCCCCGCCAGCAUCCCUCCUCUUGUCCGCCUCCGCCCAACGCCGAGCUCGAGCCGCCAAUGCGGUCGUACUCGGCGUCGUCUCGUCGCCUCGCUCCCUCCUUCCCACAGCACCGAGCGCGACCGCGUUGGCGGCUCGCGCUCGGUGUCGCCUCCCUUCUCGCCCUCGCACACCGCCCAGUCCCGAGCGUGAGCCGCCAACGCGGUCCCGCUCUUCGCCCAACGCCCUCGCCCCCGCACUUCGCUCAGCCCCGAGCGCGAGCCGCCAAUGUGGUCGCGUUCGGCGUCGCCUCCCUUCUCGCCCCCGCACACCGCCCAGCUUCGAGCGUGAGCCGCCAACGCGGUCGCGCUCGGCGUCGCCUCUCACCCUCGCGGCCCCCUUCGCCCGACGCCGAGCGCGAGCCGCCAACGCGGUCGCGUUCGGCGUCGCCUCCCAACCUCUGGCCCCCCCUUCGUCCAACGCCGAGCGAGAGCCGCCAAAUGCGGCUCCUUGCUCGGUACGCAUCGGGUUCGGGAAGGCCGACAGCGCGCCGUUUGCUCCCGGCAAGGGCAACAACGUCAGUAGCCCGAUCCCGACGACACCGGGCGCGUUGACGAAGUCCCCCGGCACGCCGUCGGGCGUGAGCGGCAUGGACGUUCAGCUGCAGUCGACCCCGACCCGGGCUCUGUGGAUUGGCGUCGACGACCACUCCGGCUGGCUUGGCAACACAGUGGUUCAGACGCUCUUCGAGAAGUGCUUCCCUACCCCUCGAAUGUCUGUAGUGCUUACAUAAUCAAUACUUUCACUACUUGAUACGCUUUUGUAAC